AGGUCAGUUGAUGCUGUUGUUAGCGCACAGGCUAAAAGUUAGCAGAUAAUGAUAAAAACGAGGAAGUAAGUCAUCUCUAGCAUUUGUGACAAAGCCUGUGAAGAUUUUACAACAGUUGUCAAACGAACUGUUGAGUAUUGCAGCUGGGAAGUUACAAAAAGUGUAAGAUAUUCCGAUGGUAUCAGCCAGUGAUCAGCUGAUGUUUCGAUGGUGAUCGCGAUAGAUCUUUAUUCCAUCCCACUAGACUGAGUCACAGUUGACAAGGGUUUCUUAGUGUACUAUAGUAAGGAACUUUACCCAAGAGACGGAAUCAAGCUAAUCUAUCUGGAGGAAGAAGAAGCAGAAUGAGUUCAGAUCCUGAUCCACUUGGAGCCAGACAUGAAGUGGUAGAAGUCGAUCAGUUGACGAGAUGGAACUUCACACAACUCCCCGAAUAUAAGGAGAAGACUGAAGCUGAAAAGGCUCAACCCAGCCCAUUUCCCUGGAGGAACGACCUGAAUUCCAAAAUUGUUCUGUGGGAAGGGGAUCCCACAUUACUGAAUGUCCAUGCUUUGGUGAACUCUUCAAAUGAAGCUCUCAAUGACAAAAAUUCUCUGUCUGAUCGGAUAUUCAGAAAAGCUGGCAAACAACUGACCCAGGAAGUGAACACAAACCUUAAAGGUUGCAGAACAGGGGAAGCCAAAAUCACGAAAGGUUACGGGCUGCUAGCGCGAUAUGUAAUCCAUACAGUAGGCCCGCGUUACAACGUUAAAUACUUGACAGCGGCUGAGAGCGCCCUCUAUAAUUGUUACAGAAAUGUUCUACAAUUGUCAAAGGAAAAUGGUAUCCGAUCUCUAGCCCUAUGUAAUAUACACACAUUACGGAGGGGGUAUCCUUUGGAAGAUGGAGCACACAUAGGCACAAGAACAGUGCGAAGGUUUCUGGAGAAGUAUGGAGACAGUUUUGACACAAUUAUAUUUGUGAUGACAGAAGAGUCUGCAAAGGAGAUAUAUCGUCAGGUAUUGCCGCUCUACUUCCCCCGUAACCAUGAGGAAGAGGUGUUUGCUGUCAGCCACCUGCCCCCUGACCUGGGUAACGAGGACGGAGAACCUGUCAUACCUGACAGGCAGAUUAGGAUUCUGGAUAAGCCUACCUUUGCUGCGUACAAGAGUCGUGAAAAUGACUUUGAGGAGACGAUAGACCUGAACCAGGCAUUUGGCACGUCAACAGCUCUCGAUGUUGGCCAUCAUCCUUUUGCCAAGAUGGAGUCAGAUGUGGACAAAGAGAAAAAAACUGCUGUGUUGUACGGCAAGAAUGUGCGGGAACAGCAACUGCUGGAGCAAAAGAGAAGAUAUGAACGUUUAUUGAAAAGAGCGCGGACAUGUGACCUGUCCCAGAUAGCUGCUCUCCGAUGCCUGUAUUUAUCAGGAGUUGAUCGUUAUGGCAGACACGUUGUCGUGUUCAUUGGAAAACAUUUUUGCUCUGAGGAAAUAGACCUGGACAAGGCCCUGUUGUAUUUUCUCCAUGUGAUGGACCCUGUAGUGGACAAGGAGUAUGUCAUUGUGUACUUCCACACCCUGACCACAGCUAGGAACAGGCCUGAGUCUGGCUUCAUGAAAGAUAUAUACUCUCUGGUUGAUUACAAAUAUAGAAAAAACUUGAAAGCAUUUUACAUUGUUCAUCCCACAUUCUGGUCAAGAUUGUCCACAUGGUUUUUCACAACGUUUACUGCUUCUGAUAUCAAGAAUAAAGUGAAGAACCUGCCAGGGAUAGAAUACCUGUACACACGGAUUAACCCGGACCAGCUGGAUAUCCCUCCCUUUGUCAUGGAUUAUGACAUGCAGAUUAACGGCACACGCUACUAUGUGCCUUCACAACAUGACAGUGUAGACAACCUUUGACCUUCAACAGAUGACCUUUGACCUGGGUGCCCAUCAUUCGAUCUGAAUAGAUAGUUUUGGUGUGCAGUAUACCUGUAUAUUCACUACUGUGACUAUACCUGCAUAUUCACAACUGUGACUAUACCUCCAUAUUCACAACUGUGACUAUACCUGCAUAUUCACUACUGUGACUAUACCUGCAUAUUCACUACUGUGACAUAGACCAGCUUCUCUUGUUAGACUCUCAGUGUUGUAACUUAAUAUCCAUUAUCUGAUGUAAGCCUGAUAUGUAUUGGCCUGCAUGAAACCAGAAUAUAUUCCAGAGUGUCUUCACUUGCUGUUCCACGAUAGACGUAAGAAAUAUUUAAAUAGGAAAAAAUUCACUAAGAGAGAUACAUCAGGAUUGCCCAGUAUGAAAAGCUCAAUAUACCA